GGAUGUGAGCCCCUUUAACCUGUAAUGCUGUGGCUGGGCCCCGGCCCCUGCCGCGCCAUGGAGAACCAGGUGCUGGUGAUUCGCAUCAAGAUCCCAAAUAGUGGCGCGGUGGACUGGACAGUGCACUCCGGGACUCAGUUACUAUUCAGAGAUGUGCUGGAUGUGAUAGGCCAGGUUUUGCCCGAAGCCACAACUACAGCAUUUGAAUAUGAAGACGAAGAUGGCGAUAGAAUUACUGUGAGAAGUGAUGAAGAAAUGAAGGCAAUGCUGUCAUAUUAUUAUUCCACAGUAAUGGAACAGCAAGUAAAUGGACAGUUAAUAGAGCCUCUGCAGAUAUUUCCAAGAGCCUGCAAGCCUCCUGGGGAACGGAACAUACAUGGCCUGAAGGUGAAUACCCGGGCCGGACCCUCGCAGCACACCAGCCCGGCAGUCUUGGAUUCACUUCCAAGCAAUAGCUUAAAGAAGUCCUCUGCUGAACUGAAAAAAAUAUUAGCCAAUGGCCAGAUGAAUGAACAAGACAUACGAUAUCAAGACACCCUUGGUCAUGGCAACGGCGGCACCGUCUACAAAGCAUAUCAUGUCCCAAGUGGGAAAAUACUAGCUGUAAAGGUUAUACUAUUAGAUAUUACACUGGAACUUCAGAAGCAAAUUAUGUCUGAAUUGGAGAUUCUUUACAAGUGUGAUUCAUCUUAUAUCAUAGGGUUUUAUGGAGCAUUUUUCGUAGAAAAUAGAAUUUCCAUAUGUACAGAAUUCAUGGAUGGGGGAUCUUUGGAUGUAUAUAGGAAAAUUCCAGAGCAUGUUCUCGGAAGAAUUGCAGUAGCAGUUGUUAAAGGCCUUACCUAUUUGUGGAGUUUAAAGAUUUUACACAGAGACGUGAAGCCUUCCAAUAUGCUCGUAAACACGAGAGGACAAGUCAAGCUGUGUGAUUUUGGAGUAAGCACUCAGCUGGUGAAUUCUAUAGCCAAGACGUAUGUUGGAACAAAUGCUUAUAUGGCGCCUGAAAGAAUUUCAGGAGAGCAGUAUGGAAUUCAUUCCGAUGUCUGGAGCUUAGGAAUCUCUUUCAUGGAGCUUGCUCUUGGGAGGUUCCCAUAUCCUCAGGUACUGCCUCCAACUAAUGUCUACAGAGAUGGACGUUACUGUCCCAGGAUGCUCUAUGCCUGCCAGAUUCAGAAAAACCAGGGAUCUUUAAUGCCUCUCCAGCUUCUGCAGUGCAUUGUUGAUGAGGAUUCGCCCGUCCUUCCGGUUGGAGAGUUCUCCGAGCCAUUUGUACAUUUCAUCACUCAGUGCAUGCGAAAACAGCCAAAAGAAAGGCCAGCACCUGAGGAACUGAUGGGCCACCCGUUCAUCGUGCAGUUCAACGACGGGAACGCCACCGUGGUGUCCAUGUGGGUGUGCAGGGCCCUGGAGGAGCGGCGCAGCCAGCAGGGCCCCCCGUGAGGCCUCCCAGGGAAGUCCAGAACCGGUCACCCGGACACCCACCCGCGGCCCUCUGCGUCCGCUGCCUGCACCAGAAGAGCUUCGCUGGCCCAGCCCCGCACUCGCCUCUGCCCUGCCGGCAGCGCCCCGCCUGGCAGUCCCCACCCCUGUCCUGAGCGCCGACUCCAGCAGGUUGGGUCAGGGCGGGCGGCAGGUGGAGGUGCCCUGGCCCCUGCUCCCCUCUGUCCUAACUGCUCUGUAAAGGUCAGGCCCUGUGGGCGGCACUGAUUGAAUAAAGUGUUACUGCCGGGGGAGGCUCCCCAUGCAGCCGAGUG